CCCCUUUUGGGCUUCUGCCCACAAUCAAAAUGGCGCUGCCUCGGAAGUUGCCGAUGAUGAGCUAGAAGUGGCCGCAGAGGCUCCGGAAGCUGCCGAGUGGGUCCGGAAGUUGCCGAAAGAAAGCAGCGGGGAAGGAGGAUGGCGGAUAUCAUCGCAAGGCUGCGGGAGGACGGGAUCCAAAAGCGUGUGAUCCAGGAGGGACGUGGAGAGCUCCCCGAUUUUAAGGAUGGAACCAAGGCCACAUUCCACUACCGGACUCUGCUCGCUGACCAGGAGGGCGAAGGCGCCGUGCUGGACGAUAGCCGGGCGCGGGGCAAGCCCAUGGAGCUCAUCGUGGGCAAGAAGUUCAAGCUGCCCGUGUGGGAGACCAUCUUGUGCACCAUGCGGCAGGGCGAGAUGGCCCAGUUCCACUGUGAUGUCAAGCACGUGGUCCUGUACCCGCUGGUGGCCAAGAGCCUGCGCAACAUCGCGGCGGGCAAGGACCCCCUGGAGGGCCAGCGGCACUGCUGUGGCAUCGCCCAGAUGCACGAGCACAGCUCCCUGGGCCACGCCGACCUGGACGCCCUGCAGCAGGAGCCCCAGCCCCUCAUCUUCGACAUCGAGAUGCUCAAGGUGGAGAGCCCUGGGGAGUACCAGCAGGACCCCUGGGCCAUGACGGACGACGAGAAGGCCAAGGCCGUGCCCGUCAUACACCAGGAGGGCAACCGGCUGUACCGCGAGGGCCGCGUGCAGGAGGCGGCCACCAAGUACUACGAUGCCAUCGCCUGCCUCAAGAACCUGCAGAUGAAGGAGCAGCCUGGCUCCCCGGACUGGAUGCAGCUGGACCAGCAGAUCACGCCGCUUCUGCUCAACUACUGCCAGUGCAAGCUGGUGGCGCAGGAGUACUACGAGGUGCUGGACCACUGCUCCUCCAUCCUCAACAAGUAUGACGACAACGUCAAGGCAUACUUCAAGCGCGGCAAGGCGCACGCAGCCGUGUGGAACGCCCAGGAGGCCCAGGCGGACUUCGCCAAGGUGCUGGAGCUGGACCCCGCGCUGGCGCCCGUGGUGACCCGUGAGUUGCGUGCCUUGGAGGCCCGGAUCCGGCAGAAGGACGAGGAGGACAGGGCCCGCUUCCGGGGCAUCUUCUCCCACUGACCAGACCCGGCCCGGCCCGGCCCGCCCCGCCGCCCUGCCCGCUUGCCCCUGCUUCUCUGUACAUAAAGGCCUUAUUUAUCUA